AUGUCAUUAAUAUCAGGUGACAAUGGAUUUUAUGAAACACGUCGUUCAUUUUUAAAUAGAAAAAAUUUACUGAAAUUUCUAAUCGUUAUUAUUUUCCUUAGUUUAAUUUAUGUAUUCAUCUUCAGAGAAAACUUAAGAAUACAUAUUAAUUUCAUUAGUAUUAAAUUAAAAAAUUCUAGUUUGAUCAAAGUUAAUUUAACUGAUGUAAAAGAAGUUAAAAUAAAAUCUCCUUUUUAUCGAACUCUUGGUUUUAUUCGAUGGAAUGCAGCUCGUCUUGAACGAAUACCAGUUAUGGAAAAAUAUCGACCUUUUUUUGCUGAAUUACAUUAUUCAAUACCCGGUCAUGCACCAAAAGUGACUUACACUGCUGAUGGAUCUGGAGAUUCAUUUUAUAUAUAUAAAGAAGUUAGUGAUACGAUGGAAAUUAUUUUAAAAGAUCAUCCAAUGAUUGAAGGACUUUUAUACUUUCAUUUUGACGCUUGGAUAAAUCCAUUCAGAUUUGAUAAUAUGAAUUUUAAUCAUAUUUGGUUUCCUGAUUCAGCUUUACCUCCAUUCAGAUGUGUAACAAAUACAGCAGGAUGGGAUUGGUGGGCAUGGGGCAGUGGAUAUCAUACUAUUGCGAAACAAGCGACAGCUAAUGUUGCAAAGAAUUAUUCAAAUCGAUUUAUAACAGAUAAAGAUGUAUUUUGUGGAGGAUGGUCUGAUAUUUAUUAUAUUCCAAGAAGAUUUUUUCGAGAUUUUAUUGAUUUAACAAGUGUAUUUUAUCCAAUUCGAUCAUUUCAUGAAGUUGGAAUUCCAACUAUGAUUAAUAUUAUUGAUCUUACUCAUCGAUUAACACCUUCUCAUAGUAUUGUUACACGAAUAGCAGAUUGUUGGGGACAUUGUUGUGCAGGUGGUUCAUCAGAAAAUGAUAUAAAACAAAAACGAUGUGGUCACAGAAUGGAUUUAGCUAAUGAAGGUAUUAAAAAGACAUUAAUUAAUCUUUUGGAGUCCGAGGCAUCUUAUCUUAAUAAAACUAUUUCAAAAAAAAUCAAAUAA